UUCGAAAAUUUCAUUUUUCUAUUAUUUGCCAAUUCAACCUUCACCUUUCAUCCUUCAGCUGUACCAACUGCACAGCUGUCGAUUCAAACGAGCUAAAAAAGAAUUUAUUUUUUAUGACUGGCGGAUUCCUGCGCUGGAAGAACCAUGCAGAACGGCUGCUGCGCUUCAACCACAUGACAAUGACACUCAGUGCCGAGCCCCUUCGGGCGGUCGAGCCAGAGCUGCACGCUCUGCACAGGAACGCUCGUGACCACCGCCAUAGUCAUCAGCAGUUCUCGCCCCACAGCAUGAAUGCAACAGCGACAAUCCAAUACACAUUUGAUUCAACGUCCAAUUUCCCUCGCCCGUUUCUUACUGACACCCCCCGGUUUCACUCGUCCUUUGAUCCUAGCCUGCGGCACCUGCCGUGUAUUCUUUUUCUCCACGGGAACGAUCCCGGCGGCUUUGACGUUGCGCGGUGGAUGGCAGGCGGCCUGUCGCACGUGCACCAGCUUCGCAACCCGCUAAUGCCCAGCCAGUUCGGAACGUACUCUGUAUAUAACGUGCAGGAUCGACCAAGGGUUUAUGAAGGCCAUUCUGCAUUCGAUGCUGGCGAACCGGCGUGGUCACGACUAAAAUCUGGCACAGCCAACGAAUGCACCGAUGUUUUUGCGUCCCGCCCCGAGUUUGCCGAACCAAUGCCUCCGCUGGGUCUUUUGAGCAUCUCACGUCCCGGCUACCUCGAAUCCUCGCCAUCCAACGCACCCACUCUUACAGCACAGGCCACUGCGAUUGCGCAGCUGGUGGAGAAUCUGCGUGUUCCAUCUAUACACAUAAUCGCGCACAAGGUGGCUGCCCCGGUCGCGCUAGAGAUGGCUGGGCUGGCCGGGUUCCGGAAUCGGAUUAGGUCAAUGUCGCUUAUUGACGCCCAGCUGUCUCCGCAGAAGCGGUCGCAGCGGCUAUCCGAGCGGCUGAAUCUUUUGGGCCCCGAAUGGGCUCGGACGCGAGCGGCCUACAACGCUCUUGCGCGCACAGCCAGCGACAGCUAUUUUAGACAAGCCGUCGCCGAGAUCUGCGGCACUGAAAGCAUGGCCGAGAUCAGCGACGAUCCCGCGAUGGCACAGCUGUACGAAGGAAUUGGCGUGUUUUUUACGCAUUGGAACUCGCGCAAGCCCGGUGUGCUGGCCGACAUUUUGAUGUGGGACAAGCUCGAUCGCAAGUCUUGGAGUAUGGUGAAGACACCCUUGCUGUGCAUAACGAGCACAGGGCAGACAUAUACGGAUGGAGGCCUUGGCUUUGACGAGGAGGCACAGACAAAAGAGGAUGCCGUUAGAGCAGCCCUGGUCACAACACGCAGCAAGCCAGAGUUUACUCGGCUAUAUGGCUCUGGAAGGAUGCUGUUUCCGUUGGCCAGGACCAGCAAAAUGUGUCUCGACUUUAUUUAUCGCCACCAAGGCUAACAAGCGCGCUCUGGGUGCAUUUUUGUGCUGGAGUGUGCCAAUUUUGUGUAAUUUAAUUUUAUCUUGGCUUUUUGUAUCUCAGGACUGCCAUUCCCCGCAUUCUCUUACUGCAUUAAGCAACCGAAAAGAUUGUUUGCUUUGGGGAAUGUGCGCAUUUGUAACAAUGUUGUCAUAUUUUGUAACAUUUACUGCUUAAAUGCCGCGAUGUGUCGAAAUUGAC